GCCCCGCGGCAGCACGAGGAGCGACUCGGCUCUGAGGCUGCGGCUGAGGUCCGGAGUUUCUCGUGCGGUGGUGGCGACGGCGGCGACGGCGGCGGUGUGGCUCUGAGAGUGCCCAUCCUUGAGAGAUGCAGGCUACUGCAGUGGUGAAGACAGCUUCUGGUAAAGGCUCCCACUAUAAUGGAGGAAACAUCCAGAAAGAUGUGCCUUCUAAUCCUAAGAAAGAAGAUUUGUUAUUAUCUUCCAAUGGUUGUAGCAAAGCUAAAUUGGCUUUUCUUGAUGAUGACUGGGAUUCCUUGGCAAUAGAACAAAGAGCUAAUGACAAAGAAGUCAACAGUACUGACCGAAUGGAUUUAUUGGAGCUGUCUUGUACCGGGAGUCCAGAUCCUAACAGGAAGAGCAAUCUCUCUCAGUCUGGCAAAUUUGAGGACAGUAUUGACUGUGCUUUCUUGAAUGAAACAUACUCUGUACAUUAUUCAGAGUCAAAACUGAAGAAUGAAAAUCUCAUUCAUUUAAAUUCAGAAUUAGAUUCUGAAAUGCAGAAAAGAGAAGGGGUAUUUUUUGAUAUUUUGGAAUAUCAAGAUAGUAAGAUUGUUGGCUCUGAAAGAACCUGUAAGAUUUCAGAUGAUGAUUAUAAAGAAACUGCUGAAGAUACACAAAAACAUGAUAUAGAUGAAGACUCACAGCAGGAAUAUCACAGUGCAGAAGAGCAAGAAUACAUAAGUACUUCUUUAUCAUUUGACCAAAAGAAAACAUUGAACAUACCUAAUCUGGAAAUUGUCGGAUUGAGAAAUUCAGGUUAUGAAGUUAAAUGUGCUAGUAAUCUAGAAGGUAAUCAUGUUAAAUUGGAAAGUAAUUGUAGCAUCUCUCUAGAUUCAAUUGAAGUUUAUGGACAAGAAGAUGCACCUCAUGUCUCCAAGUUUCAGAAUUCCAUUGUGUUAAGAGAAUAUCAUGAACCAAAGCAUGAAAUGCGUAAGGAACAAGAGACGAGUUUGAUGUACCACACAGUCUUUGAUGAAAUUGUACUAGGGAGUAGUCCGCUUGAGAACCAGGAAUCUCAAUCUAAGAGUGGUUUUUUGAAUCCUCAAAAAGCAUUAAAAACUGAAAUGUAUACUGGCAAAAUGAAAUGUCAAAUAAUUGAAAGUAAAGAUUUUUGUGGGAAUGCAAUUGUUGAGAACAAAAAGUCACACUACCUUGAAAAUCCUCGCACAUUACAAGACAAAUCUUUACAGAUGUUACUCCAGCCCUGUAAAGAUUGUCAAACAUCCUGGACCUCUAUUUUUGAUGAUUCAGUAAUUUCUGCCUGUGGAUAUUCACAUUAUAAAAGCCUACAAAAUAGCCCUAAUCCAGCCUUAGAUUUUUCUGUUACUCUCCCAAGGACUGCAGUCAAAGAUAAUCAGGCAGUAGAAGAUAACUCCCUGAUGGUUACUAAUGGCAGUACCACAAAUAAAACUUGCUUUCACAAUAUAGAAGGAGCAUGUCCCAAAUUAGUGACUGAUGGAGCAAACAAGCCAGUCACAGUUAAUCAGACAGUGGAUGUUAGCACUGAUUUUAGGGCUUGUUUCACAACCAGCAGGGCAACAAAUGUAAGAUCUUCCGUAGCAUCUACAUCAAGCAAUACAGAGAUAACAAUGAUGAACAAAAAACGGCCUGGUGAAUGGCCCAGUGAGAAACAGAGAAGUGUGGCUUGUAACACAGAUUGGUCAUGCAGUCAGGAUGAUGACAGUGCGCCAGGGGCUGUGACAAAAGGAUCACUGGAAAAAUCUCUCUCAGUUGACAGUUCAAAAUCUAAUGAAAAUUUCCUAAAUCAGUAUCCCCUGGAAUUAAGAAAAGCGUCUGCUAUCACAGACUUGAAGAAAGAUCCUGAAAGGGAAUGUCAGCAUUCUAAAGAGCCGACGAAGAGUUUGCCAUCGAAGUGCUGUCAGAAAAUCAUGCAGAGAGCCAUCAAAGCAGAGUUGCACCUUUUAAAUGUUCACUAUCAGAUGUGCCACCGCCACUGCACUGAUAUUUACAAACUUGUAGUGGAGAAUGGGGCAGGGGUAAAUAGAAAUUUAUCAAGUGAUUCUACUAAGAAGGAAUUAGGAUCAGCACUACUGUCUGUUUUGGGAGACUUAAAGGUUAGAUAUGAAAGCUUGAAAGAAAAAAUAAACAAGGGCAUGCCUCUGGAAGAGCUGCCUCCUCUGGCUAUGGAAUCAAAAUUGUUAUCAACCUUGUCUACGUUUGCUUCCACGCUGAUGAAAGAAGAAUCACAUGUCUUUUCAGGACCAGAUCCUGAACUAGAUAAUCAAAGAACACGUGAUGUUGACGUCUCUUCAGGCCUAAAAAAGACACUCUCUCAAAUGUCUUUCCUGUCAGACAGUAGUCAUCCUAAACAGGAUGCACUACCCAAGGAAGAUGGUUUGAAAAAUGGUGACAUCGAUGUAGACUUUAGUCAGCUGAAACUUGAUGACAAAGACUGCAGAAAUUAUCGAGAAUUAAGUGAAGACUGGUUUGAUGCUAAAGAAAACCUGACAGGAGUUGACUUGUCAGGAAUUCAAGAAAAUCAAAUAGAAAAAGACAAAGGGGAUCCCAAGUUUCCACAAGAAAUGAAGAAUCUUGAAACUUUACGAAAAGAUAAAGGUUACUUGAUACAUGUUGGUGGUCUCUGCCCUUCAGUAUCUGAGGCUGAUUUAAGGUCUCAUUUCCAGAAAUACCAAGUUUCUGAAAUUUCAAUUUAUGAUUCUUCUACUAAUUAUAGAUAUGCAUCCCUUGUUUUUAAAAAAAACAUUGAUGCAAAGAUGGCUGUGAAAGAAAUGAAUGGGAUAGAAAUAAAUGGAAAAUCAGUAAACGUGCGGCUUGUUAAAACUCCUGGAGAAUAUACAUCACCACUUUCCUACAAAAAUGGAAAUAAAGUUACUUGGAAUAAUUUGGAGAGAAACACCAACAAAGAAAUUACCUCAGUCUCCUCUAUUUCAAGAUUGCCCAGAACUAGGCCAAGGCAGCUGGGAUCUGAGCAAGACAGUGAGUUUUUUCCUUUUGAACAGAAGGGUGUCAAGAAGAAUUGUAAACAGAUUGAAUCUACUAAACUAUUACCAGAUACACCUAUUCAAUUCAUACCACCAAAUACAUUGAAUCUGCGUAGCUUUACCAAAAUCAUGAAGAGACUGGCUGAACUACAUCCAGAAGUUCGCAGAGACCAUAUUAUAGAUGCUCUUCAGGAAGUGAGAAUAAAUCAUAAAGGUUUUCUGAAUGGCUUAUCUAUUAAUACUAUUGUGGAAAUGACUUCAUCUGUCUUGAAAAAUUCUGCUUCCAGUUAGGACUAAAAGAAGCAA